UUUGUACCCAGUACAAUGUCGCUGUCUUCGCUGCCUGCAUAGUGGUUAUCGUAGCAACUUGAUGUCAGCAUCCGUACAAUACAUACUGUUCAGGUUGCGGUUUACUAUGCUGCUCUUCCUGGAUGGGGAAUCUCCGUCAUUCCAAUCCACUCCAGUUGGUGACUCCACCACAACGACUAAUCAACGAGGCAUUGAAAGACUGUCACGCGCGCUCAUACUUCGAAGUCAGUCACCGGCCACGGAUGUCUUCACCUCUGCUGCGGUUAGCUGCUGUGUUGGCGAGUCUGUCUGUCAUCUUCGCACAGGUACCGCAAAGUAUUGUCUCCAGCCAGCACGAGAACACCCCAACCCUCCAGAAUGCAAAGGCGACGGGCUGGCCAUCGUUGAGAUUCAACUUCACACUAAAGCGAGCUUCCAUGAAAGUCCACGGUCAUUCGGAGUUCUCCAUGAUUGCAACCCCCACCAUAUCGAUUAGUGAAGACACGAUACUUUACGACGUUUUCGCUCAAUUUACACAAGACACAAUCCUCUACAACUACACAGAGGUUGGUGGGAUCGGAUAUCUCUCGACUAGCUCGGUAGACGGCAGUCCUUCACUGAAGUGCUACGACUCGACAUCGGGGGAAGUCCCGUCGAUUAAUUCUAUCGUUUCGGCUAUCAACCAAGCCGCGUCUGCUCCGGCCAGUAACAGUAGUGUUGGCAUCGAAUGUUCGACUGGAAAUCUGUUCAAGGUAUCCGUAAAUAGCAUUAACUUUGGUCUGUGUACUACGAAGUCUUGGGGAUUCACGAUGCGUGGCAGUGACAUGGAUAUCACGGUGGAAUAUCUCAACAAUCGAGUGGACAUCAAAGAACCACUUGAUGCUCCUCAACAGUGUAUCACAACGUCUUCUUCGAGUUCAGUGACGGCAAUCGGGAAAUCCUUGCUUACGGGACAACUCGUGCAAAACGACAGUACACGUAAGUUACGAAUGGAAAUCGACUUUUCCUUGGAUGACUCGUGUACGUGCAAAUCGAAGCCACGGCCGUGCGUGUUCGUUCAUGGUCUGGGAAUCAAAAAGGAGCUGGCUCGCAAUCGAGAUCGGUUCUACUAUUGGGGCGACUUGGACGGUCACGCACCAUGCUGCACGUCGAUGACGUACACGUAUCUAAACACAUCGGGUAAUCCCUGGACGAGCGAUGAGUUGCAGCAAAAAGUCUGCAAUCGAGUUAUGGCAGUGAGCCACUCGAGUAAAAAUGCCGUAAUUGCUGAUACUAUUGUGGUGACCCAUUCGAUGGGAAAUCUCAUGCUGGCUGGCGCGAUUGCCAAUAAAAAAUGCAGUCUGGACUCUACCUCGACGUGGGUGGGUUUAGCUGGACCAAUGAAGGGAAGUAUGUGCUCCGACUUCAUCCAGGAUUCCUGUGCCGGUAGAACGACUGCUGUGUUGGAAACAGUCGCUGAAGUCACAGGAAAAUGCCCACCAACUACAGGACUGAAGUCUCUACCCUACCAAGGAGGGCCACACAGUUCAACAGAGCUCGAUGAGGCGUACGAGGCGGCACAAGCUGCUUAUCGGGCCAAUGUGUACGCUGUGAUGUGUGGCGAGAACUACACGGGACAAGUUUCCUUGUACCAAUCAAUAUUUUGGAUGCUUGGCAAGACCGUGCCACACAAGUCUAAGCGGAAUGAUGGCAUGGUAGAGUUCGACAGUUGCGCUGCGGGAAUUCCAGAGUCCAAAUUCGGGAAUACCUAUCGUGACAGAUUCUACCGGACGAAGCUCAAUCAUUUCGACAUGGAAUUCAUUAGUGGCGACGCUAUGCUGGAUGAGGCUAAGAUGCCUGUGAAGUGGUUCGAGUGCUUGUUGUAGUCCAGACACGUAGCGUUUUUGAAUGCUGGUAGAAUGAAAAGAAUAUUCUUUCUUUUUAAUAGAACA